CCUGAUUAAGUAACCUACUCAGAAUUGGGGCGCUUCGGAAGCGCGAGGUGACUUGCAUUCGGAGCCGUAUUUUUCAGCUCUUCACUCGAGCAAACCGGUCUACCACUGCUUUCCGCUUUACAACGAUUCUCGCUGCGAAGUCCUAUGGAUCUUUCUAACGUAAAGGACCCAGCGAGCAUCAGUGCCCUUCUUGAUUCUCUCCGUUCUUCUGCGAUAUUUACGUUCCCAGGAUCAUCUGCGUCCACACCGCCCAUAACUUCUAAUGAAACGACGGCAGUUCAACCCACCGAUGUACCAGGUGACACUGGUCCGUCAGCCCAAGAGAUUUCUUCCCCAACGCGGCCACCCGCUUCUUCAUCUUCUGCUCCAACAAAUACUUCAUCUCCACCCUCUUCUUUGUCAAAGCACCUUUCUUCGCUCUUAUCUCGCCUUCAACCUUUGGUUCAACGUCCUUUACCAACGCCUGGAGCUGAAUCGAUCACGGCUCUGCAAGGAUCUCCCUCAAAUGUCGUCCCAAACACGUCCCUCCGAGAUGCCUCUUAUAAACAGUCUCUGUCUGCUCUCGCCGGCCUGCUUGAGGACCCUCUUGUCAUAAACACGAUCGUCCAGCUGAAAAACGAUCAAGAAAACUUGGAAACUAGCUUGUGGGAUGGACGGACACGAAUCAUUGAACAGCAGAAGAAGCGGGUCAAAGAUCUUCACGAUAGAUGUAGGAUCAUAAACAUCGCUCCCACCACCCGAGAGAUAGAACAAUUGGAGAAGGAGUUUCGACAUGAACUGCGGAAAUAUGAUAAAGAAAGGGUUCUGAUAGCUUGGGAUAGUCUUACUGAGAAGCAGCAGACUACCCUUGAGAAAUUGGGUGUCCCGACGAUGUAUGUGACGAAGGAUCCAAAGGAGCGGGCGAGACAGCAGAAAAUCAUCGACGUGAUCGUGAAUUCUAUUGGCAACUAGUUAACUGCUGAGUUCCCUGCGCAUUGAUGCUUGACCCAGUGUUGAAGAGGGCAGGGCACCCCCACAUUCCCAUGAUUCAUCCCUGAUUUCUUGGGGGAACUGGCACAUUCAAGUUAUGGUGCUAAUUUAUGCACAGAACGACUGCCAAAUUACCAGUUAUUGGAGUCAGAGUACUCAUACGACGCACCUUCCUUAUCUCUUAGUAAUGACAAAAGAAUUGCAAUGAACUCUGCUAGAUGAUUCUUUCGUCGCUAGCUGUAAGGAGCUCGAGCGCUGGUUGCGCCCGCUCCUUCGGCACGGCAUUUCCGCUAAUCGGAUACGUGGUUGAGUGACUAAUAUAUU